UGAAACGUGAAUUAGGUGGGGGAAUAUUAUUGAACAACAAAACGUUCGAAUGGAAGGGAUUUAUAUUUUUGUGAAAACUUAAAAAGUUAUAUCAUUUCAAUUUCCUAUUCAAUGUGAACGAAAAAAUGUUUAAUGUUGUGUUGUCACAACUUGCGUCAGUGAGUGUCACUGUCACUAUCAUAUCGCCGAUAAAGUUCUAAAGUUUUAAAGUUUUCAUCAAUGGAAUUUAUGGAAUAGACCUGAUAGAUUAAUAAUAUUUAGGUUAAAGAAAGAACAGCUUAUUGUGGGUUAAAAUGCAUUUAAUUCAUUCGAUAUAACUUUUUUACAUGGCUCACGUUAGUGAAAAUGAAUAUAAAGAUUUAUUCAAUUUUAAAUGAGGAAUUUGUGAUUAUUAACUUUUUAUACAAAUAUGGAUUAUUUUCAAAACUACAUAAUGAUUAUAAGAAAUUCAAUAGUUAAUUACAUAGACAUCGACUACUCGCUGUGGAUAACAUGGUUUUUAGCUCCUUUAAUUGUAACAUUUCUUUUGCCCGGAAUUAUUGCCUUGUUUCUCUAUUUGAGCGCGUUUAUUUUGUAUAUUUACAAGUUACAUUGGAAUACGAUAAAGAGAACUUUGCAAACCGGUGAUAGAUGGGACGCUGCUAGGAAAACCGUUGGGGCACUUUGGGACGCUCACGGCUGGAUUUGGCACGGCUAUGAGGUGACAGGCCUAGAGAAUAUCCCAAAGGAAGGUUCUGCUUUGAUAGUCUAUUAUCACGGAGCAAUCCCCGUAGAUAUUUAUUACUUUAUCGUAAAGGUAAUAUUCGGAAAAAACCGGCUAAUCCACACCGUGGCCGAUCACUUUUUAUUUAAGGUACCAGGGUUCAGUGUCAUUGCAGAAUGCAUGAACGUGGUGCCGGGUACCGUACAAAGUUGUGCGGCCAUAUUAAAAGAAGGCAACCUUCUUGCUAUAUCUCCUGGAGGAGUUUACGAAGCCCAAUUUAGUUCGCACUAUAAUUUAAUGUGGAAAAAACGGCUCGGAUUCGCCAAGGUCGCUUUGGAAGCUAAAGUUCCCAUCAUUCCCAUGUUCACAGAAAAUUUAAGGGAAGCAUUUAGAACGGUGAGUUUCGGACGGAGGAUAUUUCUCAAAUUGUACGCGCUCUUCAAGUUUCCCUUCGCCCCGAUUUACGGAGGAUUUCCCGUCAAAAUGGUGACCCAUUUGGGCAAGCCUAUUCCGUACGAAGAUAAUUUGACUCCUGAAGAGUUACAAUCGAAAGUUGCAUUAGCCAUCGAAGAUUUGGUUAAGAAACAUCAACGUAUACCAGGCAAUAUACUGUACGCUCUCUUAGAAAGAAUACCGGUUUUAAGAAGGCAAUUAAAAAUGAAGAACACCUGACAAUUUUGCUUUCGGAAGUAUUUUUUUAAAUUUAUAUAAAAUUAACCGCUGACAUUCCAAUAGAUGAAUAUCAUUAUUGGUUCUGUAUACACAGUUGGGCAAAAGUCCGGAAUAAAAUUAUUAUCUUUUGAACCAGUAAUUUGAACAAAAAACGCUGAAACAUGUGAAUUGAUUUUAUAUUGGACAGAUUUGUUGCCAAUAAAAUUAUUUCUUUUCUUCAACCCCUUAGCAGCAACCCUACUCAACUUUUUCUAUGGAAAAGGUGUGUGUAGGGUCAUUGAAAAGCCCGUGAAAAAUGCUAAAAAAUGCCCGUAAAUUCCAACGAAUGUUCAUGCUAAGUUGCCUUACCACUUUUAAACGGUAAAUCAAUAAAAUUUGGUAUGCUGACUGUACAGGCUCGCCUGUUUUUAAUAUAAAUUCAUUCAGAAUU